CAGUAUGGGGGCGCAUUUGAGUGUUACACCGGAAACAGCACGGAUUUGAUUUCAUGCGGUGCCUGCUCCUCUUCCGGUCUCUUUUCCCCCAGCCCUCGGACGAAAAUGACGAAGGGGACAUCUUCGUUCGGUAAGCGCCGCAACAAGACGCACACCCUGUGCCGUCGCUGCGGCGCCAAGGCCUAUCACCUGCAGAAGUCCAGCUGCGGCAAGUGUGGCUACCCCGAGAAGCGCAAGAGAAAGUACAACUGGAGCGCCAAGGCCAAGAGGAGGAACACCACUGGUACCGGCCGUCUGAGACACAUGAAGGUUGUGUACCGCAGGUUCAGGAAUGGUUUCAGGGAAGGCACCGUCCCCAAACCCAGACGUGCUGCAGUGGCCGCCUCCAGCUCAUCCUAAAAGACACAUUUUCGGUUAAAUAAAUGUGAUGUACAACAACA